CCAGAACAUUGUCUGCGGCACCAGCGCCUCUCCUGCCGUCGCGGCUGUGUCCCCCGCAGCCUUGCCGCGCCGGCAUCCCAUGGGACCUACCCGCGCCUUAAUCACGAUUGAGGAUGGCACCGCGUACAUCAACGACCGUGAGCUUGCGCGCUCUUACCUCUUCGGACCUCGCGGCAUCGGCCAACAAGGUCACCCACAAUGACAAGAUUUCACAGUGGCUUGCAGUUGUCGAAGCUGGCAUGCGGGUGCAGCAGCUGGUUGGAGGGUCAUUCUCUACUCUUUCUGCCACAGCCAUAGCGGCCCUGAGGAAGCUGAACACGGCGGUGAACGUGGCCAAACACGUGGACACGGAGUGCGACGACAUGCCCAUCGACAGCGUCCAGCAGCAGACGCCCCAGGAGCUGGAGUUCCAGGAGGCCAACAAGUGGGAAGACUGCGCGGUGACUCUACAGCAAAAGGAGAGCAAGGACCUCUACCAGUUGCGAAUGGAGAAGAAAGACAACAAGGACAAUAAGGACCCAAAGGCCAGGACAGACGAGCUUCCAGCCUGCCCCCAGGAGCACCCGCUCAAGAAGUUCAAGAUCAAGGCCCGCGAGACGUACUUUUGUUCGGAUUGCGGCGCAGACACCCCGAUUGGCAAUUACACGGUGGCGUGCAAACAGUGCGACUACGACGUGUGCGAGGAUUGUGGCUGAGCCCUCGAAGUGCCCUGAGUCCCAUCCUGUCUGCCGUCUGGUCUCGCCCUUGCCCUCCCCUGGCGUUUGCUUUCCCGCUUUCGCUUCCCCGACUACGCGUAGUCUAUCCUGUAGAAGGUUCGAAGUGUACAUCUUAUACUGAGGCGGUCUCGCAUUUUCGGGAGGGG